UUUUGGUUUUUGUUAGUUCUUGAUUGAUGGGUCUCGUCAAAUCUGUAUGGAACUUCUAUUAUUUGAUACUCUAAUUAACUUUUCCUAAUGUUGCUGAGUUUUUGAGCAGUUUUAGGGAGAGAGAUAGCCAGAUGAUUUAUUUUUUUUUUGGAUAAAGAUUGCUCCUUUUUUGGAUUAUUAUGAUUGGUGGAGCUGAAUCUGCUUCUGGUUUUUUUUUUUUUUUGAAAUCAAGAUUACUCCUUUUUGGAUUAUUAUGAUUGGUGGAGUUGAAUCUGCUUGUGCAUUUUGAGGAGAUAGACUUGUUAAUAAAACUUAUAAUCUUGUGACCAAUUAUCAAGGUUUAGGAAAGACGUCAGAAGAUUCAGGAGUCGGGCAUCAACCUAGUUAGUUUUUUGUUCUGACAUCCCCUGCGAAAUGAAAUUAGCACUCAUCAUUAUCCUAUGUUUUAAGCAAUUGCUUUUAGACUUUCUUGUGAUCAAUGAUGAUUUAAAGGGAGAGACACUUAUCAUUUUUCAGUGGAUAGAGGUGCAAGUGAGUGGUCCCUAUACUUAAUUGUUAAGUUGACCAUAUUAUGCCUCCAUAUCAGACUGAAUGUCAUAUCCUCCAACUAAAGUAGAAUAAUUACCACUUAAUAUUGUAAGUGAUAUUGAAUGUUAUUUGUUCCUAUUUUGAUUCUUUAUGCCACUUUGCGGUUUAUUUGCUCCCCUUUUUUAGUAACAUAUACCAUGAGUGAACUAGUAAUUUUCAUUCCGCUAUUAUGGUUAUAGCUGGUGAAUUGACUCCUUGACAGAUGACUCUUUAUGCCUUAAAUAAUCAGCAUGAUGAUGACUAUUCCAAGUAAAAUGUCAUUAUGAUCAUGUUAUAUCCAAUCUGUUAUUGCAAUGGAUUACUUGAAGAGUUGCUGCCUAUAUUUUCAUAAUGCACCAGUAGACAGCAACUGUGUUUUGUUUCCGACAGCAACUGUGUUUUGUUUUGCUGCAUUUCUUCCAUCGUAUGCAGGUUCAACUGGGGUGGUUCCAGAAAUGAAUGGACCAAAAAACUAAUAGCUGGCAGAUUUUAAGAUGUCACCAUCCGUUCUUCAGUCUUGUGUCAACCCACCAUGCUGAGCACUUUAGAUCUUUUAGUUGCUAUUAGCUUAAGGUCUUUCAAUUAUGGUGAUGUGUUUUAUUUUUAUUUCUGAGUUUGGAACUUGACUGCUGAAACUUAUUGUUAUCUUCUUUCUGAGGUGGACUUAAAAUUAUAAAACAUGUCAGAAUUUCGAUAUUACAAAUGCACUUGUGCUGAUCACUGUGUUUCCCUUGUCUCUUAUUUAAAUGAUUCCUCAUGUCAAAACUUGCUGGUUCCAGCCUCUUCUGAAGCUUCUGGCUACUGCUGCGGCUGCUGCUGCUGAUGCGGCUGCUGCUUCCACUUCUUCUUUUGAUGUUGCAGAGUUCAUGAACGUUUAUUUCUCCUUUCUUCAGAUUGUUUAUAUUCAAUCAUGCCGGAAACUAGUAAAGCACGAAGUAAUGCUAAGUGGGAUGAUGAUGCCAACAUUAAAUUUAUAGAUUUGUGUGAAAAUGAGAUUAGACAAGGACGUAGACCACACACUCAUUUAAAUAGAGAUGGAUGGAACAAUGUUGUUGAAGAAUUCAAUAGAACCAUGGGAAGAAACUAUGAUAAAAAACAAAUGAAAAAUCAUUGGGAUAACAUGAAAAAAGAUUGGAUCCUUUUUAAGAAGUUGAUGAGAGGGGAGACAGGUUUAGGAUGGGAUGCCACGAAAAAUACAAUUAUGGCAGAUGAUGAUUGGUGGGAGCGAAAAAUUAAGGAGGAUGAUCGAUACAAUAAGUUCAGGAAAAUAGAUCUUUCACUUAUAUGGUAUCGCUAUAAUGCGUUGUUUUCUGAUAUUGUUGCUACUGGAGAAAGAGCACGUGCAGCGAAUCAAGAACAAAUGUCUGGCAUUGGAGUAGAUCUUGAUGAAGAAGGAACAAAUAAUAUUGGUGGCUAUGACAAAGAACACUUUAUCAAUCCUAGUGAUGAAGGGAAUGAUGAAAGUGAUGAUAUACAGAAUGUGGAUUCUAUUAUGUUUCCUAAGCCGUCACUUAAAAGACGAGGUUCAAUUGAUGAUAUUGGCACUAGCAAUCAAGUCAAAAAAAAUAAGGCAAAAUCUGGUGCUACAUCAUUGAGAGAGGAUAUACACUCUUUAGUGGAGUUUAUGUCUACUAAAAGCACUGCUACAUCCCAUUCGGUAGAUGAUCCCGUCAUCGAUAAGUGUAUGAAUAUGUUGGAAAAAUUUUCUGAUAUUCCUGCUGGGAGUGGAAAGUACAACUAUGUUUGCAACAUGUUUCUUAAGAAGGAUGUACGUCAACUGUUUCUUAAGAUGGAAACUGAUGAAGCUCGGAAAUCUUGGUUGGAGUAUAACUAUCAGUUACAUCUUGAGAAAAUGGGCUGAUUGUGUUGCUAUGGUUAAAUGUUUUUAUUGUUUUUGUUGUACGUGUAAACUUUAUGUAUUGUUAAUGUUGUGUUGACGUUGUGGUUGUAUCCUUAGACCUUAUGGUUA